UUGGCAAACGUCAGGUGGUUUCGGUGCGCGGCAAGAGCAGUUCUAUGGCAAGUGCUGAGGUCGAUACGGCAGGAGGAAGGAGGGGGCCGAUGACGAACUUCCGUCCGCACUUCUCACUUCAGUCUGCCUGGCAGACUUUUCAUGUGAGACUGAGGACGCCCGCGAGCCUACGGAGAUUUCAGGCACAAAGUCGAAAUGAUCGUUAGCAAGUAUCUGGAUGAUCAAAAGCCUGGCAGUAGAAUUGCAUCAACCCUGAAACGGAAGGGCAUCAAAGCUACGCCGUCGAAGCAGCGCAAUCUAACGCCCCGCCAGACUCUUACCAUCUUCACUCAAGCCGUCAGGGAAGAUGAUCUUGCGCUUCACUUCGAUCUCCUCACCUUCAACAAUCGCUGCCUGGACCUCCUCCGCCGUAUUCAGAACGCCUGCCUUGAGGCCGCCUCAGUGUACCAAUGCGCCGCAGGCGACUACCACCUAGGCACCGCGAUCGGGCUGCUCCUGCAUUUUCACGCUGUCGCUACCGACGCCAAUGACGAAAAGGUUGGUUUCAAAGAAGCGUGUCGCUUAUUGCAAGAGGACAUUGAGGCAGAAGGCAGCGCGCAGCUUAGCAAAGCGAGAUCUCGCGCUGGGAUUGUUCAAAAGCCCGAUGCACACAAAUAUGUGGCGCCGAAGUCGUUUGAGGAUCUACAUAUGCCCGAGGACUACCUUUCUCUGCGAGACAGGAAGAAAUUCGAGGAUGGUUUCUGGUUUGUGGGGAAUGAUGCCUUCGUGCAGAGCAGCGACGGAACCAUCAAAUGUUCGGCCCUCUCCUCGCUCAAGUCCCUCCAGCUUUCCAUCUGCACUUCCUUCAACGAGUUCGCGCCGGUGCCCGGCUGGGAAAACGGAGUUUCCCAAUUCAUCAGCGCUGCUAGCGCAUUGGAAGAGUUCACCCUCUGCUUCGACGUAAUGGAUCGGUGGCCUGAGUUCAGAGCCGCUGUUCUGUGCUCUCUAGCCACAACUCUUGAAUUACCAAAGCUCAAGCUGUUGAAGCUUUACGGCUGUGUAUCCAACGCGCAGGACAUCGUAAAGCUAGCGGAAACGCACUCGGACACCCUGAGACGGAUCGAUCUUUCCAACAUCGUGCUUGCUCAGGAUACUUGGGCAUCUGUGCUCACCACCUUCCGGGACUCGCUGGAUCUUGAAUACCUACGACUUAGCGGAAUCAGGCAAUUUUCAGACCGCGUCUGCUUCGUACGUGGAUCAACGAAUACUGCUAGCGAUCGAAUUACUAUGGAUGUCACCAAAGCACAGGAGAGCCAAACCAUGUGUGAAAUGCUGUCAUGGGCUAUUCCGUUCCUUAGUUCUGACACGGCUGUAGAGCCAACAGCGACUUCCGUUCCCUGGUUUGUGGGGAAUUUCGACCCGUAA